AAUUCUAGUAGUAUGAAUCCUCCAUUAUGCUGUCAUUGAGGUUAUCGUAUGCUCUGGAUCAAUUCAUAAGAAAAAGAAAAGAAAGUUAUCGUUUUUAAUUAUACAAUCCCCCGCUUGAGCCAAUAUAAGUAACGUUUCGUAAAAAAACAUUACAAUUUAAAUUUGUAUCUAAUAAAUAUAUAUCUCUAUUGUUCAAUCAUUGCAUUAACAUAAAAAAGAAAAGAACGAAGAAAGGCAUCAUUGAAGUUGUUAUAAAAAUUAAUUUUGCGAGGAACAUGUUGGAGCACAAGACUGAGUAUCGCAAGUCCAUCGAAGACUAUCUACCCGUGACACCUGUAAAGCGUAAGAUUGGCCUCUAUUGGAUUUUGGCUAUACUGAGGAUAGUGCUUACUUUUGUUCCACAGACUGGCUAUAUUCAUCCUGAUGAAUUCUUUCAAUCCAUUGAAGUUAUCUCUGGGAACCACUUUGAUAUUGAUGUCUACAAGCCCUGGGAGUUUAAUGCCACAUUUCCAAUCCGUACUCCACUCAUUCCACAGAUCAUCGUUGGUCUACCCUAUGCAUUCCUCACGAGACUGUCCCCUUACUUAUUUUAUUUCUUUGGUUUAUCACUGAGGACCCCGUACUUCUAUGUACUUUUCCCACGUAUCUUCAUGUGCAUGCUCUCAUUUCUAUCGGAUUACUUUCUGUACAAAAUCUGCUGCAUUUAUGGGCAGAACUACAGAGUGAGACUCAUCACUUAUGCCAGCUCUUACAUUAUGCUGACAUAUGCAACUCGCACUCUCUCCAACUCUGUUGAAAUUGUGAUGUCUGCUGCUCUGCUGUACUUCACUUCCCAAUGUAUAGCGAUUUCAGAAGAGGUGGUAUUCUACAGUAAUUACAUUUCUAAGAAACACAGCGAGGCGAAGCCUGGAGUGGAGCGACUCAAAUAUUACAAGCUUAUGGCUUUGCUACCCUCACAUUCGCUUAAGCAUUGUUUCAUAGUGGCGACGAUAACGAUAAUAGGGAUAUUUAAUAGACCGACCUUUAUUGCAUUUGCUGUUAUACCUAUUUUUUUCUGGCUGCAAAGAGGUUUAGGUUCAAGAAGCGUCAGCUUCAUAGACUUUCACAUCAGGAUAUUCUGUCUCAUUUGCUGCGGACUGCCGACCGUAUUGUUCUUCAUUCUAGUCGAUAGCUCCUAUUUCGCAUACUUAACAUUAGGAGAGAUACUUAAAUUGGAGAUUGGAAUUAAUAAUUUCGUGGUGACGCCAUUUAAUUUCUUGAGAUAUAACAUGGAAACGAAGAAUCUUGCGACACAUGGUCUACAUCCUUGGUACUUGCAUAUUCUGGUGAACGUUACAUUAUUAUUCAGUAUCCUAGGAGUUAUUGCACUGUUAAGAGUUGCAAAAAUGGUAUACAGUGUAAUGAGGGCACAUUGGCUGCAACUGCCACGUUUGCAAAGUAUCGUAGGCCUGAUGAUGUGCACAUUAAUUACUCCGAUCACUAUACUGUCUCUCUUUCCCCAUCAAGAGCCUCGUUUCAUAAUCCCAGUGCUUUUCCCGCUGGUGUUUCUCUACGCACCCGAACUGAGUCAAGUUCCCAAUCAGGACAUUGUUUCAAGAUUUAACAACGAUGAGAAUGCUAACAACAGCAAGCCUCGCAAUCCCACCUCGUCGAAGAGGCAUGCUAGCAAAUCCAGAAAGUUGAUGUUCUGGUAUAUCAGCAAUUUUUGGUUGACACUGUUCUACGGUUUCGCGCAUCAGGGCGGCAUCGUCCCUUUGACGUCUCAUGUCGCGGCUGAGUUGAAGGCUAAGCCAGACUUGGUGCAUCUGCAUCUAUACACGUCGUACAGCUACCCAAUGCCCACAGCGUUGUUGCAUUUGCGCAACACUCAUCGCGUCUAUCAUGACAGCGUCAACAAACGCAAAUACAAGCUUGUCCAGGACUUUUAUCUAUACGAGCAAGGCUCCAAGCCGUUACCGCAAGUGUUGGACGACAUCGCCAAGAAAAUUCGUGACUGCGAGAGAACAUUUACUAUCAAGAAAAUCCCCUACAGGUUAUACUAUGCGUUACCGGCUUCCGCGUUAACCGAGUUCACGGAAUUAUCGCACAACAGAUCGCAUCUAUUUGAUUUUCGCAUAGUCAAGACUUUUUAUCCUCAUGUCUCCGUGGAGAGAAUGCCGUCGUUGCAUUCGCUCGAGAGCCUACAGAACUUAUUUAGUUUGCAGUUUAAUUCAUUUCUGCAGACUGAUAGCAUUUCUAGCAAUUGUGUAGAGGUCGCGAAAGAUAUUUAUGAGUACGUUGGACAAUUUAAAUUGUUGUUGCUAAAGAUCGAAUACCCCUCGAAGCAAAAUAGACGUGGUAAAAUAAAAAAGUAGGAGAAAAAUAGCUAAUAGUGAAAUUUGUAAAUAUCUGCAUUUCUCUUAUAAUAAUAAUUUUAUAAAGAACUAGUCAAUAUACGAAGAGAAAGAGCUUGAAACGAUUCAUUGGCUUGUUAUAAGAUUUAUAAAAAAUAUGACGGCAAGUGUGCAAUUUAGUUUAAGAAAAAGAGAAGCACUGUUACAAAACUUAUUGGGACACAGUUUUCAUAAUUUUUUACGAAAACUACUUCGAUAAGUAUUGUAAUAAGCACAUAAUAUCAUAAUAUGUUAUGAGAAAACAAAACUAAAAAUGUCAAAUAUCUCAGAUGUAAAAUUAAUAUCGGGAUUAAAAUAUUGUUUUAAACAAAAAUUAAAAAUUGGUAUAUUGAUCAAUCGCGAUAUUAUUAUCAAAUGUAUUUAAACUCUUAAUGAGGUGUUAAAUUAGUAAUUUGUUGAUACAUUUGUUAUUCAUAUGACAUUGACAAGCAGGAUAUCAUAUGAAGGAAAUAUUAGAAACAAAUUUUAAAUAAAAUAAGGAUUUGGUAAAUUAUGGGAAAUUAAUUAAUAUAAUAAUACAAGUAUAAAAUAUUUCUUGUUUUUAUAUUUUAUAGGAUUAUUCACUUAGAGUUCCGACUAGAAGUAAUCUUUAUCAAUAUAAUUUAUUAAAAUAAUAAUAUUCUCUUCUCUCUCUCUCUCUGUGGGAUCUAUUUUUUCCUCAAUUAAUUCAAAAGAGUGAAUUUUCUUAAAGUAAUUUGGAGGAAUAAGUUUUCAUUAAUUAAAUUACAUAGGUAUAAAUAGACCAUUAAUUCGUAUACUAGGAGAAGCGCAAUGCUGUGAUUGUUAUAAAGUACUUUAAAAGUAAUAAAAGAUAAUAUAAUGUUAUGUUAAAACAA